GGUAGGAAAACCAGAGCUCUGAAGAGAGAGGAAAAAUAAAUUCUACCAAACUGAGUGAAUCUCUUGAUUUUGGGGAUGAACCUUGCAGUAGGAUUCAAACCAAUGCUUGGAGGCGCGCAGACAAUGGACAGUUUGGAGAAACAACUUAUUUGUCCUAUUUGUCUGGAAAUGUUCACAAAACCGGUUGUGAUUUUACCAUGUCAACACAACUUGUGUCGAAAAUGUGCCAAUGAUGUUUUCCAGGCUUCUAACCCAUUCUGGCAGUCAAGAGGCUCCACAACAGUGCCUUCAGGGGGUCGCUUUCGCUGUCCUUCCUGCCGACAUGAAGUAGUACUGGAUCGCCAUGGAGUUUAUGGUCUGCAGAGAAAUCUCCUGGUGGAAAAUAUCAUUGACAUCUACAAGCAAGAAUCAUCCAGGCCUCUGCAUACCAAAUCUGACCAGCAGUUAAUGUGUGAAGAGCAUGAAGAGGAAAAGAUUAAUAUCUACUGCCUGACUUGUGAGGCUCCAACUUGCUCAAUGUGCAAAGUAUUUGGUGCUCACAAAGAUUGUGAAGUGGCACCUCUUCAAAAUGUCUACAAACGACAAAAGACUGAGCUCAGUGAUGGUAUUGCAAUGCUGGUGGCAGGAAAUGACAGAAUCCAGGCAAUCAUAACUCAGCUGGAAGAGAUUUGUAAAACCAUUGAGGAUAACAGCAGAAGACAAAAACAACUCCUUUGUGAAAAAUUUGAUUCUCUGUACGCCAUUCUAGAAGAGAGGAAAAAAGAAAUGCUUCAAUGCAUUACGCGUGAACAGGAGGAAAAAGUGCAAUAUGUGCGAUCUCUGAUGAGACAACAUGGGGAUCACUUGGAGGGAGCCAGCAAACUUGUGGAAACAGCUCUGCAGUUUACAGAGGAACCUCAGAUGGCAGUGUUCCUGCAGAAUACAAAGCAGCUAAUUAAAAAAGUUAUUGAUACUUCAAAAGCAGCUCAGUUGGAGAGAACGGAACCUGGAUACGAAAACAUGGAUCAUUUUGUGGUUAAUCUUGGAAGAGCUGAACAAGUAUUACAAAAGAUAAAUUUCCAGACAGAUUACCAGGGAGAAGAAGAGGAAGAAGUAGAGGAAGAAGAGAUAGAGGAGGGUGGAGGAGCAGAAGAAGAUGGAGAGACAACUGAUGGUGAAUUACCCACUCCAUUGCAUUCUGCUGGAACAGGCCUAACAUUUUGAAUGGCAAUGAUCAGCAUCAGAUCAACAUUGAAAUUAAAUGAAGAAAAAGAGGACAAAACUCAUGAAAUGACUUACAGAUGGAUGCUAGGAAAUCAUUUAUUCAAAAAUAAUUUAUUAUUUAGGUUCUGAAUGAAGAUUGAUAUUUGCCAGUUAGCAAUGAAGUUAUUUAUUCACAGUUUUGUUUGCUGAUCAUAACUAUGUGAAGAAAUUAACAGUUUUGCAGCUUCGCAAUUAGAC